AUGCAUCAAUCGUGGUUUUCGUACCCAAUCUCCAAGCCGUAUCCUUUCCGAUGGUUCACACCCGUCGCUCUAGUCGGUGGCCUCAUUCUCACCGUCCUAUUUUCGUUGGUCAACCUGAGCGCGAAUGGCUACUACUUGAAGCCCCUAUACACUUCGGACCCCAAUGGCACCGAAGCCUAUGCAAAUGCCCAAUGGUUCAGAAAGACUCCUUUCAAUUGGAGAAGUGAUGUGCAGGCAGAAUGUCAGCCACGUCUACUGGCCAUCGGAGACUCCUUUUUCACCUCCAACCUUGGCUUCCGGUACAUUAUCAAAACAAUUUCCGACUCGAGUACAAGCUCACGUUCCACUUUGAACUACAAGAACAACACUCUCCAACACUGCACGCCCAAGCAGAUAGUCCUGAAACUGAAGAAGGUCGACACUGCGGUGCCGCCCUCCCCUUCAUGGUGGCUGUCCUGGACAGAUUCUACGAUGGAGGCGACUGUGGACUGCACAAUCAUGACUGAUGACGGCCCGGUGAACAUUACGCUCGUUACAGAGGAUACUGGUGAAGGCGAUCAUGACUAUAGCUACGUGAUCGAAGAUGACUAUAGAACGCAUGCAAGCGUGUGGUGGGGGACCAGACUGCUCAAUGCAUACUGGAAUGGAGUGAUGACUGCCGCAUCAAACAUGACAGAGAUAGACGGCUUCAAAAGCUACGUCGUUCGUACUGCUUUCACUUACACCACUAAAUCAUUGAGAGAAGAUAUUCGGAGCGAUACGUUUUUCGACCUCUACUGGUGGAUGGCGAAUGCGGAUGCCACAAUUCUUCACACGAACAUGAAGGAGAAUCUCCAAGAUUACAACUCCGAUUGGUACGGUUCGCCAGCAUUGACAGAGGGGCUCCAUUGCGCAAAGAUCCUCUUUUCUCUGCUUUCCUUGGAUCUCGGCAAUUGUCACUCACCAAAUCUACUGCUGGAUGAUCGUGGCCUUCAAUACGCAAUCUUGGCACCAGACGAUCACAACCGGGACCCGGGACAACUCUUGAACGGCUCAACUUCACAACUUUACGGAGCAGACCGUUUCAACAUGAUUCCUGUUCCUGGGUCUAACGACACGGAUAACGGUCUAGUGACGCUCAUGGAGAGCUACGAUGCGUUCCAGCCUCUGAUGGGACCCCUGACUUGCAAGAACGCCACUGUCGUUAGUCAGUAUCUUUGCUCUGUUCCUCAACAAAAAAGCUGGGGCGUGAUGCUGUUUGCAAUUCUGCUUGCGGACCUUGUCUUCCUCCAAGCAGCCUGGAAGAUCCUAACGUGGACUGCUGAUGGGUUGGUUUCAAAAGCAAACACCGAAGCAAUGUCUUGUCAGGGCUGUCAGACCAAGACUUUAUCGUACCAAUCACUACAUGAUUCCGGAACGACUAAAGAUGGCCUAGAGGCAGUUCCGGACAAGACUAUGAAUUGGAGUAUGAGCAGAGAAAUGUCAUCCAGGGAAUAA